AUGCGCAGUGCAGACAAGAAGCAAGUGAGCUUGGCGAAGUGGGCCAGACAGAGCCAUCGCAAUGGAAAGAUGGAUCAGAUUGUUGAUCCAACCUUAAAGGGUGAAAUAGCGCCAGAGUGUUUGAAGAAAUAUUGUGAGAUAGUAGUGAAUUGUUUGCUUGACAACGAAAUCGAACGGCCAUCGAUGAAUGACGUGGUGUGGGGCCUUGAAUUCGCAUUGCAACUGCAAGAGAGUGACAACAAUGAUGUCGGGCUUGAUGGGGAGCUUGAAAUUGAGAAGAAGAGUGAUGAGAAAACUCUGUUGCCCAAAUCCAAGAUUGAUGAUAGUAAUGAUAGCAUUGACUGGUUUAGCAGCAGCGGUAUACAAGUGUCAACUAUAAACAGUAACUGCAGCAGCAGCGGAGAGCAAAGUUCUCGUAGACUGGUAGUAGCAGUCGAGAUUCAAGCAGACUGA